CAUUGUAGCAAAAUGGCGACUGUCAUUCACAACCCCCUGAAAGCGCUUGGGGACCAAUUCUACAAAGAAGCCAUAGAACACUGCCGCAGCUACAAUUCCCGGCUCUGCGCUGAACGCAGUGUCCGACUUCCUUUCCUGGACUCGCAGACUGGCGUAGCUCAGAAUAACUGUUACAUUUGGAUGGAAAAGAGGCACCGGGGACCAGGACUAGCACCAGGUCAGCUUUAUACAUAUCCUGCUCGUUGCUGGCGCAAAAAGAGACGUUUACAUCCUCCUGAAGACUCCAGGUUGAAGUUGUUGGAGAUUAAACCUGAAAUUGACCUGCCUCUGAAGAAGGAUGUUUUCACAACAGAGGGGACUACCUUGGAAGCCUUGCUGCGUGGAGAAGGGCUUGAAAAGAAGAUAGAUACUAAAGAGGAGGACACUCUACAAGAAAUCCAGAGGGUUUUGGAAAAUGAUGAAAAUGCAGAUGAAGCAAAUGAGGAGGAAGAGAUGGAAGAAGAUAUUCCAAAACGGAAGAACAGACCCAGAGGACGGGCCCGAGGCUCUGGAGGUGGCAGGAGAAGGGCUGACGUUUCUUCUAUGGAUGACCAUGAUAAACCGUAUGUUUGUGACAUCUGUGGCAAGCGCUACAAGAACAGACCGGGACUGAGCUACCAUUAUGCUCACACUCACCUUGCCAGUGAGGAGGGGGAUGACGCUCGGGAGCAAGAGACACGUUCUCCACCUGUCCACAGAAAUGAAAAUCACAAACGACUGGCCGCUACUCAGUGUGGAAAAGAAGUGGCAGAAGCAACACAGAAGUCCUUGUAUGUACCCUCUGCCCAGAAAGGACCAGAUGGGGCCAUCAUUUCCAAUAAUUACUGUGACUUCUGUCUUGGAGGAUCCAAUAUGAAUAAAAAAAGUGGACGACCAGAGGAACUUGUCUCAUGUUCAGACUGUGGGCGCUCUGAUAAUGUUCCUGCACUCACUUGGAUUCUGAAUCCUUCAAGAAAACUGUUGAAGAAGUCAACUAAGCGUAGCCAGGAUGCGCUGAUCCUCCUCUCAUUGCGUGAUCCUUUUACGCCUGUGUCUCAUCCCACACAGGAGCCUGGACUGUGGAAUGCCUGCUGGCACUUGCUCAGAGAAGUCUUGGGGUUUCCCUAAGCUUGUGCAAUACAAAGAAAACCUUUACCCCUCCCCCCUUUUUUAAAGAAAUAACUUUUCUUUAAAGUAUUUUGUGUGUGUGUGUGUGUGUGUGUGUGUGUGUGUGUGUAAAAGCCCAGGUCAAACUGGAAGUGGUUGACAGUAGAAAUGACUGAAAGCAACAAACAAACAACAAAAAAGGAAAACUUAAAAAACAUAACAAGUUAUUUUAUUUAUUUCAAUAUUUAAGAGAGAAAAGUAGUGCUGAUGUUGCACAAUAUUUUUGUUUAAAAUGCAUUUUACUUCAAAAAUCUAAAAGACGUUUUUGUGAAGGGGGACUUUUUCAAAAGCACUUACUGUAACAUAAAGACUUCCUAUUUACUUUCAGGAGAAACCUUUUUUAAGUUAUGAAAAUAAAGACAAAAUUCUGCUCUCUCUUGAAAGAUGCCAUUUGUACACUUGCUGGUUGUUGUUUUUUUUCCAAAGUGGAUGUGGUAAGUUAAAAGUUGUUCUAGCUUAUUUUCCUGAAUGUCUGCUAAUGUUUUCCACUUGGAUGUAUUAUAUUAGGCAAAGAAACCCUGAACAAAAUAUUUUGAUAAAUAGUUGUAAGAAGGACUACAAGUACAGUCUUCCCUGGACCAUUAGACUAACAGAAGGUUUAGGCAUUACCAACAUACCAAUGCCGCUGAAUUGAGGUGUUUUUAAAAGGAAGAAAUAUUCUGGUGUCUGCAAAGUUGUAUUUUUAAGUAGAUAAUUCAUGGUGAUGCUAAGAGCUGCUUGCCAAAAGAAUUAAAAAAAAAAGUGUAAGAAACCCAGAACGAGUAUUUGAGACAAUACAUGGGGAUAACCAUGAAUCUCUAAACCGUGCUAAAAAGUAUUUAAAAGAAUGUUUAGCAACAGAUGGGAACGUUACAAAUAUUGGCAACUUCUUUUUCCAGAAGUAAUAGAGUUAUACAGUGAGAUCUAGCUAAGGUCAUCGUUAUUUUCUCUACUGUAAUUUCUUAGGACCAAUGUGUGACGAACUGACAAUUGGUGCUUACAUGAUGACUUUCAGAAAGUCAUUCUGUGAGAGCUUACCUAAGGUAGGGUUUUGCUGGGAAGAUUGGAUGAGCAAUACUCCUGAUUCCAAUGGAUACACAAUUGUUUCUGGGAAAAGUUGCUUAACUAUCCUGUUCUGAUCCAAAUUUCUAUGUACAUAUGCUCACCAUAUGAUGUUAAAAGUCCUCUGUAUGAGUAGAUGGCAAUGCCUUGGAAGAAUACCCUGCAAUGAGAUUGCACGCUUGCUCAUUGGGAAGAGGGUCUUACAGUGGGACUUACUCCAUGGCAAGUGUGCUUAGGAAUGCCUAGUCUGAGAAGUGAUUUGGGUUUGAGUAAUGCUGAUUCAAGACAAUGCAGGAUCAUUUAAACGUAAAAUUCUCAUGCAAUUCUGGGAGCAAUCCUCUCAGCUUUGUUGCUGCACAGUCACCAUACAUUUCCACUGGGCUUGCUUCAAGGGAAGUGAAGCCACAGCGAAAUACAUUAAAGCAGCACAGCAGUGGCGCUGCAAAUGAUGCGCACCCAGUUGCUCUCUCAGGGAUGCUGCGUAGUAGGGCAGUGUUGAAUCUAGCUCAGAAAAAGCAUCACUAAUCUGCCUCCUGGGUCCAGUCAGAUCUGAACAGCUACAGCCCCCUAAAAUCAAUGCAGGACACUUACUGGAGUCAGUGGGAGAAGACUUAGAUCUGUAGAAAGUUCAAUUAAUUAAUUUCGCUUGGAAAUUUCCAGACUAUAAUUUUGCUGCCAGUUUUUUUAAAGUUCCUGUUAGAUACAAAAUGCAUAUCCAUAUUGAAAAACUGCAUACUGUAUUAAUUUGUAUUUUGUGUUCAUAUAAAAUUUACUUCCAAGGCACCUCCUAUAUACUUCUCUGUAAAUAUUUAGUUACCCAAGUUUUUUAAAAGGAAAAAUUGUGAACCUGCAGUUGCUGUACAUAGUUUUGAAAGGUCCUUGUUGUUUACAAUGCUGUCCUCCAUGCUGAAAAUAAAACUUCCUUCUCUA